GGCUGGGUGCAGGCAUUUGGAUAUUUUUAUUUAAAUUUUUUUUCUUACGCUGACCAGUAACCAGCCACGAAACCUGAACGACUCGGGACAUAACAAAUUCAAGGUUCAAAGUUGCAUUUGAAUUUUGAACACUACCCUCCUCACUACAUACCUAACCUAGGGUAGUACAACACGUACGCGACUACACUACCUACCAGUAUUACAUUGGUCGCUACACUGGUCGCUGGUAGUAUACAACGCUACAUCACCUAUAAUUAUCAUUAUCGUCUAAUAACACUCAUUCUUUUUUCGGCUUACCAGCAAAUUUGUUUACUUCCAACAACCAAACCAUCCGUUCUUUCUCUCUCACCUCACUCUCUUAUACUCAUAUCCCCUCUCCGCCUCUCUUUCCUUCCCACGCCGAGGGUUGAAUCGUAUUGUUUCUUCUUUUGUUUCUUUUAUUUUAUCUUUUAUCUUUUAUUAAUGUUCAUCACAUCCCAUCCUUAAUACUUUGUUACAAAGUUUUCGUCUUUUUUUUUUAUACGCACAUCGCCUAAACUGUCGUUAUCUUCACGAUCCUUAGACCUUGUGUGAUCGAUCAAUAUAUCUAACUAAAGUCUUUCACGCUUCUUUGGCCUUCGCCAUGGUCAUGUCCUCUUCCUCCGGUUCCUCGUCGAGAAGACCUGCGACGACAAUGUUCAAUGGAACUGCAGCAUCGUCGAGCGCAAGCUUUUUCUCGCACGACACUGGUAUGGAAACCAGCGACCAACAAGAAGACUGCAUCAGACCGACAACUGCGAAUCCUUUCCGAAAGAGUCGCAAUGGAAGCAACUCAAUGCCGUGGCGCCGCCAUCCGAAAUCCGUUGUCUUGGGCGAGCAUGAACUUUCCCACCAAUUCGGUGAUAUCUCCAUCGAAGAGGGAAAUACUCAAGAAUCACAUGGAAAUAACGAUGUGCCCAAGUCUGGCGAAUCCCUCAAAGGCAAGAUCAGGCGCGCAUCCCUAUCGUUGAAAGGCAUUGUUCGCCGCGAGCGCCGCAGCUCUGAGUCAGCUACCGAAAUGCGACCCGCGACCUCUCAUUCACACUCGCCAUGGCAUAGAUUACGCCAGGCCACCAGCUUUCGACACUCGCGGGCAUCAUGCGGUAAUGCCGGUCAUCUCGAAACGAUAUACUCGCCUCUUGUGACCGAUUUCCCUCACCAUCCUGUCCCUGGCAAUGGCUCUGCGCCCCCAAUCAUUCCUUGGCAUACUGGUGCGGCUGCCAAAGCUGCCGUGGCUCUGCAGAACGAGUCUCUAGGGUUUACACGACAAUAUCACGAAUUAGUUUCCCUUGCCGAGUCUCAGAAUGAUCGUGAGAGCGGCAUUGGCAUUGCCUUUCCAGCCUCUACCUCCCAGCUCAAUGGGCCAAAGGAGCAAGGUGUAUCAGUAAUUAGGAAUGAUUUCAUCGCCCGGCUUCCCUUUGAGCUCGCCGUGCAUAUUCUAUCUUACUUGGACGCCGCUCAUUUAGCAACGGCAAGCAGAGUGUCUAAGCUAUGGCAUCGCGCAAUUCAGGAUCAGCACGUCUGGCGUCAAUCAUUUCUGAGAGAGAAGACAAUUACCUACGCCACUAGCCUUCCUGUCCAGCCUGGCACCAGUUCCGGCGUGCCUUCAAUCCGCCCUGGAAACGAUUGGCAAAAGAUAUACAAAGCCCGGGAAGAGCUUGACAGGCGAUGGAAGAUCGGAAAACAAGCACGUGCUGUCUUCUUGAAUGGCCACAUGGACAGUGUUUACUGCCAGCAAUUCGAUGAGAACAAAAUCAUCACUGGUUCUCGAGACAAGACUAUCCGAAUCUGGGAUAUGCAUACCCUUCAAUGCCGUCUCAUUAUUGGACCGCCAGAUGUAGUCAAUGAUACCUCACUUCUAUUCGACUCGGCUGGUCACCCAACACAUUACGCCUUGUUUCCUGACAAUCAACGUAUAAACGCUUCAGUUCCAGUCACUGUCUCGUUUCCGAUUCACCACAGUGCCUCAAUCCUCUGUCUCCAGUACGAUGAUGAUAUUCUGGUAACUGGCUCCUCGGAUUCUACCUGUAUCAUUUAUAGUGUGCGUUCUGGAUACCGACCUGUCCGACGCCUUCAAUUCCAUACCGCGGCUGUUCUGGACCUGGCAUUUGAUGAUAAACAUAUCGUGACUUGUUCCAAGGAUUGCAGCAUUGGCGUGUGGGAUCGAGCCACGGGCACUCUUAUCAAGCAGCUGAACGGCCAUACUGGCCCGGUGAAUGCAGUGCAAAUGCGUGGGAACACCCUAGUGUCUUGCUCUGGUGACUUCACUGUGAAGCUUUGGAAUAUUGAUAGCGGCAAGGUGAUCCGUGAGCUUGCAGGCCAUACUAAGGGGUUGGCUUGCAGCCAAUUUUCUGAAGACGGUCGAUUUGUUGCCUCGGCUGGAAGCGACAAGGUCAUUCGCAUUUGGAACGCUAACACUGGCGAAUGCCUACACGAAAUCCAAGCACAUGAGAGCUUAGUCCGCAGCCUGCACAUUGACAGUAUCAGCGGACGCCUCAUCAGUGGCAGUUACGAUACCGAUAUCAAGGUCUUUGACAUGGAGACUGGCGAGCAGCAGCUCGAUUUUCCAGGCUGGCAUGCCAGCUGGGUGCUUAGUGCCAAGUGCGACUACCGACGUAUCGUCAGUACCGGGCAGGAUGCCAAGAUCCUCAUCAUGGACUUCGGUGCCGAUGUGCCGAACAUUAGGAUGCUCGAGACUACCCGCAAACAUGAAGUUGCCUGCGAUGUUUCUCGCGCAGGGUUCAUAUAAAAUGGCAGACAAGGGUCGCUAGAGAUCAGAUGGAAAUAAUACCUAAUUACAACCAAUGAGAAUUCAUUGGCCUCGAUAAAACAUUGCAUUGCAGUACACGAGUAUCCAAGAACCCAAGUUUUACGAAUUUCCUUCCCACGACGGUUUCCAGCUAUGCCAGGGGUGAAUCUUCAAAGGUUCCGGUUCAGGAGGAAGGGAAAUGAGCUUGGGGAAGAGGGAGCAUUCAGUUCUGCAAGAUUUUGUGUGCUUUUUAUGGCGAAGCAUGGCGUGGCGUAUAAAGUCCCCACACGGGGUAGGAGACUUAUCAGAUUGUUUCUUCGCGAGAUCAUCGCUCAGACUGGAUUGGACUAUCUGUAUUAGAUCCGAUUUUGCUUGUGAAAAAGGAGGUGGCUGUACAUGUUUAGAUCCAGGAGUACGGACUGGUCGCUUAUUACUUGCUGCAUGGAAGACAUUUUGUCUCCCCACAAACCCCCCUUUUUCUCUUCAUUCAAACCCCUUUUUUUUUAUUAUAUUUGUUUACAAGGCAGUCCAGUUUUAUCCCGUCACUCACACAUACAUCACGCGCCGCAUAUAGAUUUGUAUCAUGGUUUUCAACCACAGUACAUAAUAGAAAUAGAAUUGCUCUCUCACCCUCUGCACUUCAAUACUAAGAGUCAAUUAAUAAUACAUCAUGC